AUGUAUUUUUACAAUACUUUGUUAAAAUACCUAAAAUUAAACUUAUUAUCAAUUGAAAAAAAUGCUGCUGACAGCUCGAUGAAACAUGACAUUCUAACGAAACUGAAAAUAUUGUUUUUUAAAAUAGGGUUAGAAUUCUUAAAAUUUAUAAAUGCAUUUGGUAUGCAAUCAUCUGACAUGUCUAAUGAACAUGAAAAUACAUUAAUAUAUAAUAAUGAAAAAAUGGAAAUUCCUGUAACUGUAUAUAAAUUUGAUUCAAGUGUUGAAUUUUUAUAUGGUCGAUUUGUAAAAAUAAAAUUGACAAAUGAUCAUUUAAUUGUAGGCUGGAAAACAUUAAAUUAUGGAGAUUGUUUAUAUAUUGAUGAUAUAUUUGAUAUAUAUAUUGGUUGGGGAAUAGAACCAGGAAAAUUUAAAGAUGAACAAAAAUUAAGAGGUUUUCUUGGUAGUUUUUGUAAAGGUGAAUCUACAAUUGAAAAUUGUGUUCUUACUAUUUGUCAUGGUUCUGAUAUAACUCAUGGUUUAUUAACAACAACAUUUUUAUUUGAUAAACAAAAAUUAGCAUUACAAUGGAGAGAUUACCUUAGAAAGCGUUCUAAUGAACUAAAUAAACAACAAAAAAAUUACUUUUAUUUUUGGAAAAGAUUGUUUACUAAAAUUGAAUGUUGUGUUUUAGUUGAUUAUAUAACACCAGAUGUUUUAACUGAGUAUAUUAUACCAUCUACAAAAUUGAAAGAAGAACGUAAACAAUUAGAAUCAGAUAUAUCAUUACAUGUACCAGAAUUUAGUAAACAAAAACAAAUUUCACUUGAAACAGUAUUAUGUCCUAAAUUUCAAUUACAUGUUUAUAUGGUAACAAUGAAAAGAAAUGAUAUUAAAGAAGUUUUUGAUAAAGUCUUUCAAAAAUCUAUUGCAUCUGAUACUCAAGUACAUAAUUAUUUAUUACGGGAACAUUGUGAUCAAAGACUUAAUGAGAUAUUAUUUCCUCAUCAUAGUAUGGAAUCUGUUACAAAAUUAAUAAAUAAUUAUGAAGAUUUCAAUGCUAGUGGUUUAACUUUUAAAGGGUAUUUAAAUUUUUUAAUUAGUCCUGAAAAUACAUUAAUAAGAAAAGGGUAUAUGAAAUUAAAAAAUGAAGAUAUGAAUGAACCAUUAUCUCAUUAUUUUAUAAAUAGUUCUCAUAAUACAUAUUUACGUGGAAAACAAAUGAAAGGACGAAGUUCAGUUGCUAUGUAUAGAUAUGUUUUAUUAUUAGGAUGUAGAAGUGUAGAACUUGAUUGUUGGGAUGGACCAAACAAUGAACCUAUUAUAACACAUGGUCCACAAACAAUUUUUUUUUGUACAACAAUUCUUUUUAAAGAUGUAAUUAAGGCAAUUGCAGAAACAGCAUUUGUAAAUUCAAGUUAUCCAGUAAUAUUAUCUUUUGAAAAUCAUUGUUCAUUAAAACAACAACAAGUAAUGGCUCAACAUUGUAGAAAUAUUUUAGGAGAUUUACUACUUAGUGAAGCAUUAUCAGAAUAUCCAAUAAAGUCAGGAGUUAAAUUACCUUCACCAAAUCUUUUAAAAAGAAAAAUUUUAAUAAAAAAUAAAAAAAUGGACAGUAAUUGUAGUCAAAAUUCAGAAGAUAAAUCCUAUGGAGAUGAUGAUUAUCAUUCAAAUAAUAUAAUAAUACAACAAUCAAAAAGUUUUGAUGAGACUAAUGAAAAUGAAGAAGAAAUAUCACAUGUUUUUAUUGAUGAUAAUAUACAAUUACCAGAUGAUGAUAAUUCUGAAGAUAUUAAAAGAAUAUAUUUUGAUAGAAAUGAAAAUAUGAUAAAUAGAGAAUGUAAUAGACCAUCUAAAUUAUCUUGUUCAACUGGUUCACGUCUUAAUUCUGUUGACGAAAUAUCACCAAUAAUAAUUCAAAAUGAACAGAUAAAUAAAAAUGAUAAUAUUAAUAAAAAUGAUCCAUCAUGUACCCAUAUAUCAAGUACAUCUGGAGUUGCUUCUGAUUUAUCAAAUCUUGUCAAUUAUGUUAGAGCAAUGGGAAAACUUACAUCAUUUGUAGAUGCAAGUAAUAAGGGAAUAAGUUCUGAAUUAUAUAGUAUGAAUGAAGUUAAAGCAAUUGAAUUAUUAAAAAAUGAAGGUGAACAAUUUGUUGAACAUAAUAAAAGACAAAUUACACGUGUUUUUCCAAAAGGAUCUCGGAUUGAUUCAAGUAAUUUUAUGCCUUUAAUGUUUUUUUGUUCAGCAUGCCAAAUGGUAGCAAUAAAUUUUCAAACACCUGAUUUACCAUUUCAAAUAAAUUCAUCUUUUUUUGAAACAAAUGGUAAUUGUGGAUAUGUUUUAAAACCUCAAAAUAUGAGAAAAGAAAGUAUGAAAUUUGAUCCAUUUGAAACUCAUCAAGUAGAAAAUGUUGUACCAAAUACAUUAAGAGUUACACUUAUCUCUGGGCAAAUGCUUGGUCUUUUGACAACUAAACGUCCCCUUGUUGUUUAUGUUGAAGCUGAAAUGUAUGGUAUACCAAAAGAUUCUUCUAAAAAACCUUUUAGAUCAAAAGGUGUUAAUAUACAAACAUUUAAUACAAGAUUUUCAAAUUCAAUUAAUGAUGAAAAUUGUCAAAUUGUAUUUGAUAAAAUAAUUAUGCCUUCUAUGGCAUUUUUACGAUUAGCACUACUAGACGAAAAUAAUCGUUUAUUGGGUCAACGUAUUAUUCCAGUUCUUGGUUUAGCACCUGGUUAUAAACAUGUUAUGUUACGUAAUGCAUAUAAUCGUUUUAUUGGUCCAGUUUCAUUAUUUGCCAAAUUUGAGGUAUCUGAUUAUGUUGCUGAACAACAUAGAGAAAUAGUUAUGCAACUUCAAAAUCCAAUUGCAGCUUUAUCUAAAUUAAGAACAUGGGAAACAGCUUUAGAAGACCCAAUUGGAACAUCAGGAUUAAAUAGAAAUAUUAAUUCUGGUCGAUCUUUAAGUAAUAUUAAAAGAAAUAGUUUGGAUGAAAAUAAAAGACAAAUGUUAGAAGUUUUAGAAAAAGUUGGUGAACAAAAUCAAGAACAUAUAAAUAGAGUAAUGAGUAUAUCAGUAGAUAAACCAAUACAAGGUGAAUCAUAUUCAGAUACUUCUGAUGUAAUAUCACCUAAUAAAUUAACAUCACUUGAUGAAAUUGAUUCUGCAAUACAAGAAAAAAAAAGUUCACUAGAUAGUUAUUAUGAUAGACUAAAAAAGAAACAAACAUCUUUUAGUAGUUCACAUGAAAUAUAUGAUGGAAAAAAAUAUAGUCAAUUAAAUGAAGGAUCAAAUACAAAUUUUUUUGGAAAAAUAUUAAAUGAGGAAAAAUCUUUUUAUAUUGAUACAAUGGAUCUAAAAUUUCCUGAAAUUCCUUCAUAUUUUGAAUCCAAGGAUGUUGUUAAAAAAAGAAAACAAUUUGAUAAAAAAUUUCCUGAUUUUUUAUCGACAGUAGAAAAAUGGUCUGCUAGUGGUUCAAAUGAAAAAAAGUGUUUUAAACAAAAUCUUAAAAAAAUUCCAACUAUUAUAGAUAUUGAAAAAUAUGAAAUAAUUAUAAAUGAAAUUAUUUUUAAAUUAAUAGAAAAAGAUAUUAAAAAAAUACAUAAACGAUUAGAGAUGGGUUAUGACACAGAAUUAAAGACAAUGCAAAAAAAUGCAGAAAAAGAUAGAUUAUUAGAGAUUCAAAAAUUUCAAGGAAAAGCAAGUAUAAAAACAAAACAACGUGAAAUUUCAGAUAAAUAUAUUAAAUUAGGUAUUGAAAAUAGGAGGGCUUUGUUAAAUUCUAAAGAACGUCGUUUUGAGGAAAUUAAUCAAAAAUUUACUGAAAUUAAACAAAUAAUUACAAGUAAUAACGAUGAAAAAUUUAGUGCUGCUAAAAAUUUUAUUCAAUGA